UUUUCUCCUCUCUCUCCUCUCUUCUUUCUCCUCCUGUUGUUCAUUAUUAUUAUUUAUUGGCCAGAUUCUUCUCCUGCUGUUUUGAUGCAUGCUCGUUUGGUCUCUUUUCAUGUCGGCUCCCCUAAACCGCCAAGGGAAAAUCGGAGCCUUCUUUGCGGGGUUUUCCUUUCCUUUCCCUUUCGCUUAUUUACUGUGAAAAGUGACGGAGGCAACUGAGAGUUAGCAGCUAGAGAGAGAGAGAGAGAGAGAGAGAGCGAGAGAGAGAGAGAGAGAGAAUACAUCAGUUUUCAUGGAGUCCUAUCUGGGUUUUGCUCGUGGAUUCCGGGUUCUUGAGAAAAUGGUGAUUUUGACCGUACCACAACCCAUUGUUUCCUCCUUUCUAUAGCACCCAAUUCUUUCAAAAGAAAGGAAAAAACCCACAACUUUCUUUCUUGCUUUCUAGUGGAGCAUAAAGAUGAUUCCGGUCUUUCCCGGUUGGAAUAAUCUGUGCCUGUGGCAGUUCGUGGCCAAAAACCACGUCUUUUCAGCGAGUUAAAAGAGUUAUGUUGAGGAAGAGAUCGAGACACACAGCACCAACACCAUCAACAGCAGCAGCAAGGAAGCAAGCUCUGAUGGCUGACUAUGGCCGUCUUCCUUCUCCAACGGGAAAAAACGGAGGAGGAAGCCCGACUCCGGCUUUCCUCACCUAUCCAAAAUUAUUCACUAGUAACUUCACUGUCAAGUGUGAGACGGAGUCCAUCAUGAGCCCAACUUCCAUUCUCGAUACCAAGCCAUUUUCCCACUCGAAGAGCUCGUUCUUGUCAGACACCAGCUCUCCCAAAAUCUCGGAACCCAAAAGCAUUGGCCUAGCUAUUGUGGAUGCUCUCAGAGAUGAUAAUUGCUCCAAACUCGAUUCACACAAACCUGAGAACUUGACUGUACUGUUUGGCUCUCAGCUCAAGAUUCAAAUCCCAAAAACCCCCACUGAUUUUGGCACCAAAACUAGGAAUUCCCAACUGGGCUUUUUGUCCCCAAGCCUGGGUCACUCUCCAGCAAAUAAGCAAGAGGCAAUUAGACCCCCUCCUGGUGGGGUCGUUUUGGCUGGUUUGAUUUCAGCUAGCGAGAUGGAGCUCUCGGAGGACUACACUUGCGUGAUCUCACACGGACCGAACCCGAAGACGACGCACAUAUUCGAUGACUGCAUUGUGGAGAGCCGCUGGGGUUCUAUAGGGUUGUCAGAAGCAGAUUGCAGGAAGGACAAUGGGUUGUUUUUGGCGGAUCAUUGUAGGUUUCCUUCUGAGAGUUUCCUUAGCUUCUGCUACACUUGCAAGAAAAAUCUUGGAGAUGGAGAGGACAUUUACAUUUACAGGUUAAAAUUUUGGUUAUUUCAGGGGGGAGAAAGCAUUUUGCAGUGGCGAAUGCAGAUCGCAGCAAAUAUUGCUUGAAGAGGGCACGGAAACUUAAGUCUCUAUUGGCUAGUAGUGAUCUCUCAGUCUCAUGUUUCAAAGCUACCUGCGAUUUUUCUCCUCCUUUUCUUCGUUUAGCUUUUUUUGAAAGUCUUAGAGUUUUAGAAGAACAGUCUCCCCUGUUCCCUGUCAAAUUUUGCCUGCCUUGUUCAGAUCUUUUGCAAGUACUUUACCUUUCAAGCACAGAGUCUUCUGAUGGGACUCAGGUUUUCUGGGAUCAAUUUUGAUGGAGUGAUGAUAAAUUAGGGAAGUUGCCAUUUUGCUAA